AGGCAUUCGCCGCGGACGAGCCGCGCCGAGCGGCCCCGACAGGCGGGAGCGGAGCAGCGCCGCGCCAGGAAGGAAGGGAGGAAGGAAGGAGACCGGUGCGGCCGGUGACGCCACCUGGGCAGAAUGGGCUGCUUAAAGUCCAAAGAGCUGGGCAUGCAUGGAAAGGUGUCCAGGACGAAUUCAGGCACCGGUGUCGAUGGCCACUACGUGACAGACCCCACGAUCAAGAGACCACCCCAGGGCAGCAAAAUUCCCCGAGUGCCUCAGCCCCAAGGAAAUGACGAGGACUUCCUCGUGGUGGCCCUGUAUGACUACGACGCCAUCCAUGCGGAAGACCUGAGCUUCCAGAAGGGAGAGCACCUCAAAGUCCUGGAGAGGUCAGGCGAGUGGUGGAAGGCCAGGCUGCUCUCGACUGGGAACGAAGGGUACAUCCCCAACAAUUACGUGGCCAGGGUCAACACCCUGGAGACGGAAGAGUGGUUCUUCAAAGGCAUCAGCCGGAAGGAUGCCGACCGAUACCUGCUGGCUCCUGGGAACGCCAUUGGCUCCUUCAUGAUCCGGGACAGCGAAACCACCCAAGGGUGUUACUCCCUGUCCGUGAAAGAUUUUGACAGCCAGAACAAAGUGGAAAAGGUGAAACACUACAGGAUCCGGACGCUGGACAGUGGGGGCUACUACGUCUCCCCGCGAAGCACGUUUAAGAGCCUGCAGGAACUAGUCAGCUAUUACAAGGGGCAAAGCGACGGGCUGUGCCAGACACUGACCUUCCCCUGCAUUGCGCCGAAGCCUCAGCAGCCCUGGGAGAAAGACGCCUGGGAGAUCCCCCGCAGCUCCCUGAAGCUGGAGCAGAAACUGGGAGCUGGACAGUUUGGAGAAGUCUGGAUGGCGACGUACAACACGCAUACAAAGGUGGCAGUGAAGACCAUGAAGCCGGGGAGCAUGUCAGUGGAAGCCUUCCUGGAAGAGGCCAACAUCAUGAAGACCCUGCAGCAUGACAAGCUGGUCAAGCUGCACGCCGUGGUGACAAAGGAGGAGCCCAUUUAUAUCAUCACCGAAUUCAUGGAGAAAGGCAGCUUGCUGGAUUUCCUGAAAAGCGACGAAGGGCGCAAACAGCCGCUCCCCAGGCUGAUCGACUUCGCUUCCCAGAUAGCAGAAGGCAUGGCUUUCAUCGAACAGCAGAACUACAUCCAUCGGGACCUGAGAGCUGCCAACAUCUUGGUGUCAGGGUUGCUGGUGUGCAAGAUUGCCGAUUUUGGCUUGGCCAGAGUGAUCGACGAUAACGAAUACACGGCUCGGGAAGGUUCCAAGUUCCCCAUCAAGUGGACUGCGCCCGAAGCCAUCAACUACGGCUCCUUCACCAUAAAGUCUGAUGUCUGGUCCUUUGGGGUUCUGCUGAUGGAAAUAAUUACUUACGGACGGACCCCGUAUCCAGGAAUGUCGCAUAUGGAAGUGAUCCGUGCUCUCGAGCGGGGCUACCGGAUGCCCUGCCCAGAGGGCUGCCCCAGAGAGUUCUACGAGGUUAUGAUGAGGUGCUGGGAAAAGCAGCCGGAGAAUCGGCCCACGUUUGAGUCCAACCAGAGCAUUCUGGAAGAUUUCUUCAUUGCCACGGAAGGUCAAUACCAGCAGCAGCCUUAAGGCUGGCGGAGAGCGACCGGCCCUGCCAGAUGAGGCUGCGGGGAGCAAACGUUUGGACGGGGGGGCGCUGGCAGCUGAAUCUGGAGCAGGGCGCUACCGAGGCAGCACCGUCUUGGGAGCAACCCAGCAGGUGCCUUGUCUCCUGCCAGCAAAGUCAGUGCCGGGCUGGGUCUUGUGUCCUGAGCUCCUCAAACUGUAGGCGGUGAGGCCAUUUCAAAGGGAAUGAGGCAUGUGCUCCUUGUCUCACUUACUGUUGGAAAGCCACUGUGUUAUUCUAAGACCCUGUGCGCGCAUGGGGGGGAGGUUCUUUAUUUGACCCGUUGACUCAUCCAGUGCAUGACUGGUGAACUCCAACGUUGUUAAGGCCCUUCGCAGUCCUCUGACCUUGAUGCUUCGGUGCCCCCGUGCUGCCAGUGCAGAAAUAAUGCUACCGCCGGCCCCCCAGACAUGGGAGUGGGCCACAGAGAGAGAGACAGGAUGCGUUGUGACUGGGAGAGGAACAGGUGGGGCCGCCAACCUCUCAGUGCCCAGCCCCCUUUCCUCCCCAUUUCGAGGGCUUCUCUCGGGGGCGGAAGACACCUCGGGAGCGAAAGCACAGGUGAGGCAUGAUGGCUGUGGGCGGCUGGAGGCCUGGGGCUUCGGUUCCACUGCCGGGCUGUCCCAGCAGCUGGGAAGCCCUUCCGGACGUCCAGCCAGAACCCGGCUUCCUGUCGCUUGAGCCUGCUAUUGCAAGCCCUGCGCUGAGGGAUGAUCAAGAGCGUUCCCAGCUCUCCUCAGCAUGGCAGCCUUUCAGGUAUUUGAAAAGUGCUCUCUUAGCUCCGCUUAGUCUUCUCAUCUCCAGGCUAAACAUGCCUGUCCUUUCAGGUUUCCUUACUGACUCAUUAAGUAAUGCUUUAAGUCCAUUAUACUCGCGUUCGUCUGUUCCAAUGGGAACACAAGUCUCGGCAUGCCUUAAAGACCAACAAAUCUAUUACCGCAUUACCCUCUGUGGUCUGUAAGACUUUUGUUAUUUUAACCAUUAAUUAGGAGCAUUGUAACGAGGCUUGCCACCUGUUUCCUAAUGCAAGGGACAAUUCCUUCUUUAGUAAAAUAAUAAUAAUGCGAAAUAAGGAGCUGUGCCCUAAAGUGAGGGACAGGUGGUAAGCCUCAUGGUGACAGAGAAGCUUUUAUUAAUUAAUUACAAAUCCCCAAGUUAGUAGCCAGCAUGAGAGAACGAGUUUACUAUUCUACAAAAAGAGCUGUGUGCCAGCAGAAACACAGAGAGCCCCUCCGUGCUCUUCCUUGGGACACGCCCGCAGUAGCUCACAACAUUCUGGGUGAAACGGACACAGCAGUGACAGGGAUGGGUGCCGUGUGUGUGUGUGCGUUCAAAUUCUUGAAGAACUGGGAACUGCAGAUCUUCCUGGAUUUGCCCUCAGGUGAUGCCUUCGUGACAUUACAAAUCCACAGCCGGUUGUCAGCGACCAGGUGUGCACAUCGCUGCCACCCCGGGGGUGGAGGGGGGGCUGUCGUGUGAUGCCCAGGAGUCUAACCCCAAGUGGUGGCUGGGCGAGUGGCUUGCACAACGCAACAGACUGGCGAGGUGGAUGAGCCACGGGGAUUCCGGCAUUCAGUGCCACUGGCACCGUUUGUUCGUCGCUGGGACCGCAGGAAGUGCAAAGGUUUCAUCCUGAGUGGCCACAUCCAUCUAUCUGGGGUUCUACUUCACACAUCCUUGGCAAAUCGGGUAUCUUGGAAAAUCUGGUGCAGGAACAACCUCUUGUCGGCACCUGGCCCGCGAUAUUUUAUGCUGCAGGGGAGUGCAGGCUUUCCUUCAAGCAGUGUCAGUUGUGCUGCUGUGGGGAAAUCGCCAGCACGGACUGGCUGACCUGCCCAGGGCUCUGCACCUCUGCUUGUGCCGAUCCCUCGGUGGGCCGCCGUGUGGACAGCAAGCUGGACCCUUCCGUGGUCUGAUCCAGCACGGCCCUCAUGUCCUGGAAACGGACUGCCACGGAGCCCUUCCCAAUUGCAAAAUGGCUGCCGCAUUUAAAGAGCAGAAGAAAAGACACACCACAAAAUAGGGGAAGACUAUUUUACAUGUGGAAGACUUCAGGCAGUUUUGCUAAACAGCUCAGCGUCUUUUAGAGAUCUCCUUUUUCUGGAAAAAGGAAAACCCCAGCACUGUUAAGUAAAUUCGCUCACUGCUCCUUCCUGCAAAGCUUGUGCCAUUGAUACAUUGGCAGAUUUAAUGGUUUUGAUCCCCCCCCCCCCCCCGGGAUCUUCUGUAUUGCAACACUGGCAUUUUCAGCUACUCCCCACCCCUUUAAGUCUCCAAAUGGUAGAAAGCCAUUUCUUUCCUUCCCUCAUCCAAUCACGUUAAAAAUAACCCUCUUUCAAGGUGGUGCACCCAUCCCCAAAGGACGGACACCGGCUGUGGCACUCUUUAAUUUAACGGGACAGACAGACAGACAGCCAGCCAGUUGCAUUUCACAACUGCCUCCAUCACUUCGCAAACACUUCGCAAGCAGAUCUGAUAUCCUACUAGAGGACAGCUUUCUAUGAAUAUUGUGCAGAAGCAGGAAAUUUGUAUCUACUGAUACUGGAGAAAGGACAUGACUUAACAGCCUUAUCCGUUCACAACAGCAGAACCACAUUUUCACUAUUUCAUUUCCGUUUUAUCUAUUUAUCUGGGUAAUUUCUCGACUAUUGCAUCUCAAAGACGGUAACAGUAAAACACAGAGAAUGUGUAUAGAACAUUCCUUAAAAUGUUGUGCUCCUCAAAAAAUAAGUGGGUGCAGAAACAGCAUAAAAAUGGAAAUAGCAGAGAGAAGAGCAGGUUAAAAUUUCAGAACUUGGCUGGUCACAUAUCUCUAUUUCUAGGAGCAAUUGUUUGGAAUCAAAAAAGAAAUCCAUAUUCUGUGUCAAAUUUUCUGUCCUCACAUAAGCAAAAUAGGCGAAGAAUAUUUCAGGAAAGACACUACAAGUUCACUCUCUGUGUUUGUAAUUUUCUUUAAUUAAGGCAAAAUGUAUAUCCCAAAUGUCGCAAAUCUGAAGUUCCGGUUAUUUUUGUUCAAGUGUAGAAAGAAAGAAUGGGAGCAGUAAGCCUUGCACUUUCUAACCAUCCUAUCAGUCUGUCUUGCUGUAUCUUCUGCAAGCAGUUCUCAAAAUAGGGUAGUGAGGCACCUGGGAGGCCUGCAUUCUUAACAUUAGUGUAGGCGGUGCCAGUUUAACCAAAGCACCCUCUUGUUUGUACUGUACAUAAACGUACAGCUCUGAAAAAAGGAAAGGCAAUAAGAAAUCAAAUAUGAUGGUUUAAUUAUAUUUACCUAGUAUAUUUUAAAAUGCUUUGACGUAAACAUAAAAUGCUUUGACAUAAAAUGUUUGACGUAAACUGAUUUUCUUGUGAUAAAAGGCUUUGAGAAGUUCA